CACCUCUUCAGCCUGCGCAUACGUCAGAUCAGCCUGAGUGUAUAAAAGGAGAUGGGGACUCCAAAAGAGGGAGAAGCAAGCAGCCGCCAACUCACUGCCAGGUCUGGUGUUUGACCGAGAGAAGAAGUUUCUACUCAGGACAGAAAAACUUGUGAAGAUGUGGAGGGUUUUUGUCGUGGCAAGCCUCUGCGUUACAGUGGUGUCAGCCUUGUGCCCGAGGGACUGCCGGUGCCCCCCUGACACCGCCAGAUGUGCAGCAGGAGUCAGUCUCAUGCUGGAUGGCUGUGGAUGCUGUAAAGUUUGCGCACGGCAGCUCUUUGAGGACUGCAGCAGGACACAGCCGUGUGACCACACAAAGGGGCUGGAGUGCAACUUUGGAGGGGUUUAUGGCUCCUCUAAGGGCAUCUGUCGAGCCAAAUCAGAUGGAAGAACGUGCGAGUACAACAACAGGAUUUACCAGAACGGGGAAAUCUUCCGUCCGAACUGCAAACACCAGUGCACUUGCAUGGACGGCGCUGUUGGAUGUGUCUCCCUCUGCCCGCACGAGCUCACGCUGCCCAAGCUGGGCUGCGCCAAGCCCAGGCGGGUCAAGGUGCCGGGACGGUGCUGCGAGCAGCUCGUCUGCCCCGAGGAAGCAAAGACAGAGAGCUCUGUCAUGAAGAAACACAGGAAAAAGCACAGCAGAGACAACAAGCUGUCUGAGGACGACCUCACCAACAGGAAUGAGUUGGCGCCUGUGUGGAGAGGAGAGUCUUUACCGGCUUUCAAGGGCCACCCAGUGGGCCACAUGAUGGGCAGAGGAGUUGAGUGUGAGUCUCAAACCACAGAUUGGUCCCCCUGCUCCAAAUCCUGCGGCGCUGGAGUGUCCACCAGGGUGACCAACAGCAACAGCCAGUGCAAACUGGUGAAGGAGACUCGGAUCUGUGAAGUCCGCCCCUGCAACCACAUGACCUUCAAAAGAAUGAAGAAAGGUCAGAAGUGUACAAACACAGAAAAGGCCAGCCGUCCACUUAAACUGUCCCACGCAGGCUGCCGUAGCCUGGAGAAGUUCCAGCCAAGGUACUGUGGGUCCUGCUUAGACGGGCGAUGCUGCAGGCCUCACCGAACCCAGACGUCACCCGUCCAGUUCCGAUGCAGGAAUGGGGAGAUCAUCAGCAGGAUGGUGAUGUCGAUCGAGUCUUGCAAGUGCGACCUGAACUGCUCCGAAAAGACGACUCCUCGUCACAGACUUUUUCAUGAUAUCCACAAACUGAAAAAGUUCUGAAGAGGAAAAGAAAAAUGUGCACUUUGAGGUUACAGACAUCUGUACAAUGACUUUCUUGAACUAUAUUGUUCAUGGUUUUGCUUCGUAACAUUGGAGCUUCAUGGUUUGCUUCAUUUUGAAGCAGUUUCUUUUUUUUUUUUUUUAUUAAAUAUGUUGUGAAAAUUCUUAUUUUUCUAGUUUAACAAAAUCUGUUUUAUAUACAUGGACUUCACAUAACCUAUUUAAGCCUCUCAUGACAAGACAUGUCACAUGACUCAAGGAAAUGAUCUUAAAACUGUGGCAGCUACUUUAUCAGUCGUUACACACAUGUCGCCAUGUUUCUGUAGAUAUUCUGCACACCUUCUUUUUAUUUAUCAGGAUUUAUAUUUCAGACUUCACUUAAAGGUCCAGUGUGUAGGAUUUAGGGGCAGAAAAUGAAAAUAAUUGUGAAAAAAAAUCAACUGAAACUUCUUUUGAAUAUGCCAUUUACAACUACAAGAGAAAUGAGUCUUUCACGGGGUCCACCAUGUUUAUACGGUAGCCCAAAUGGGACACACCAAACGCUGCCUCUCUUUUUUUUUUGUUUCUUUACCUUUACCUUGUUUCUCACCAUCGUAAGGGAGGCUGGGGUGAUUAUAUUUUGUCUGUUGUCAUCAGCAACCUCAAAGCUAUGCCACUCAGUCCUACACACUGGUCCUUUAAUGGAUUGUUAGAUUUAUUCACGAGUCAUUGUUAUGUUAAUACUGGUAUAACAUCCUGUUAUAUGACUGAACACAGAUACCUGCCAAACUGUAAAUUUUGAUGUUUUAUGUUUUCACAAAUAAACUCGAAAAACAGCU